UCACGAAUUUGAAUAUCUUAUACGGCUCUCAGUCUCGUCGAUUCUUCCAUUACCAACCCAUAAGCAAUACGCCACUUGACCGAGAUUUCCCAAUAAAAAACGAAAGUAAACGGUAAAUACGCUUAUUUUCCAUAGCCUCCUCUAUGGAUACGUCGCAAAGACAGCUUUUUUGUGAAGAGAGUCAGAAAAAUGAGCUCGAAGCGUUGGAGGCUAUUUUUAUGGAUGACUUGGAGAAAGUCAAUGUGAACAAUGCAUGGAAUGUGUCGAAUCAAAAUACAUAUGUGAUACAUUUGUGCUCCCGAAGCAACAGCGCCAAAAACAUUGCAAAAAUAGACUUUGAAUUUGAAUUAGGACGCAGCUAUCCAUACAACAAACCUGUCAUUCGUUUAAAAAAUGGGAAAAAUGUACUCAAUUCCCAAGUUCGGUUUUUACUUUCCCAGCUUGACCGAAAGUCUCGCGAGCUCGUGGGUCAAGAGAUGAUCUUUGAGCUUGCCUCAAUGGUCCAAGACUACUUAAACGACUGGCAAAGCGAACUGUCAUCUCAAUUCGCGAGUUUGGAGGAAGAACGUGCGGUGAAACUUAAAGAAGAUCGUGAAAAGGCAAGCCAAGAUCAAGCAAUGCUUCGUAAAAAGGAAGAAGAUGAGAGACAACAUGAACAAAUGCUAUUAAAUGACCGGAUACAUGACGAACUACAACGAAGGUCGUAUGAAAGAGGGCCUGUCAACACGCCAAGAAACAAAAAAACCAAUGGCACACAAACUGCCAAACUUAAACGACUUCCUCACACCAUUGACCUCGAAUGCGAAGUGUCUGUUAAAGAUACACAGGAUGCUAUGGUAACCUUUUCCCAAAUUCGGCCUGUGUUCACCAUUGCGGAAACUCCUCUUUCUACUUUAACUGCGGUGAAACCUGUGGUGCAUGAUACAGAUGUGGAGAAUCAGUUGUUUGCUUUACGUACUGUAUUAAUUACCAAUGAGUAUUGGAGUACGGAAACGGGAAAGAAAUCUUUGCAAACACUAGAAAAGGAGUUACAAAGUCUUUGUGGAGUUCGCCACGAAUUAUUAGCAUCUAUUUAUGAAAACCAACUAGAACGAAUCCCGUCUGCUGGUUGGCGUCUGUAUGUUCUUCAGGAAUAUGCCCCUCGACUUACUUUACAUUCUCUCUUGCAAACUGUUCUUUCCCUCGACGUGGACACUGUCCGUUCCUACGCCAGUAAUAUUCUGGAAGGUCUAAAUGAACUUCAUCGUUUGGGCAUGGCGCACAAAGAUCUACAUGCUGGAAAUGUGCUGCUUGUGCAAAGUGGUCAGCGGACGUAUGCUCGGCUGUCAGAUUUUAGUUAUAUGCGCACUUUGCGUGACAUGAAUUCUUCAAGUAGCUUCACCGACGAAUCUGUUGGAAUGAAAACUAACUUUCCUACUGGACUCUUUCCACCUGAAGUUUCGGAUGCCUCGUUUGCAUUGGCGUCGAGAAAAACAGAUAUAUGGUGUUUCGGUCUUGUUGUUAUUCAAAUGUUAUGUGGUCUGCACGUUUUUGAGAAAUUUAACACAGCCAAACUCAUUUUGAACAGGGUUUUGCCUUGCUUGCAUAAGCCUUUUCAGGAUCUCCUUUCUCAAUGCUUGAUGCAUGAAAUGAAAAAGCGGCCUACUGCGUCAGAACUGCUUUCUAGUCAUGCAAUUCGUUUGGGAACGGCACUUAUCACGAGUAAGGAUAGACAAAUUCCUCCGAAAGGCAUGAACUUGGCACAACUUAGCCUACAGGAGAAUAUUGCUGAUGCGCUUUAUAAACGAGGCAUUUCACGGUACGAAUCUGAUUUCGAAGAGAUCGAGUUUCUCGGCAAGGGCGGAUUCGGUGAAGUUGUGAAAGUAAAAAAUCGCAUUGAUGGUCGCUUUUACGCUAUAAAGAAGCUUCCAUUAAAUAACAGUGCUAGCGGAAACAACAAAAUUUUGAAAGAAGUCAUGACUUUGUCCAGGCUCCAUCAUGAGCAUGUCGUUCGUUACUAUACAGCUUGGGUCGAAACUGAAACUCAUGAGACUCUUACAGAAAUGUUGUCCUCGGAGGAAGACUCUUUGUUUUCGUCUGCAAAUGUUAACAGUGAUCUGUUACAGUCAACAAGUUAUGCUAAAAAUGGAUUGUCGAGUCUUGAUAUACAUUUUGAUGAAGAAUCAUCAAGUUCUAGUGAAGAUGAAGACGAUGUCGUUUUUGAGGGAGAUGGAACGGCUUCCUCGACGAGUUCAAGUUUUACUAAUGAUUAUAUAAGCACGCAGGACACUUCUCAGUCUGAAGAGCAGUCGCUCAACGUAACCCUUUACAUUCAAAUGGAAUACUGUGAAAAGCUUUCCUUGCAAGAUAUCAUUCGAGACAAGUUACCAGCCGAAGAAAUUUGGCGCCUGUUUCGCCAGAUCUUAGAGGCGUUAACAUAUAUUAAUAGUCGAGGAAUGAUGCAUCGCGAUCUAAAACCAGGAAACGUCUUUUUAGAUGAAAAUCGAAAUGUCAAGCUAGGUGAUUUUGGCUUGGCAACUGAGAAUGAGGGAUUUCAAGAUCCAGCAUUGGUAAAGUGGAAAAAUAAAACAAUUGAAGAUGGGGAAAUGACUGCCGGUGUUGGAACCGCACUCUAUGUUGCACCAGAGUUGCUUAACAAAUCAACAAGCACACAUUACGAUGCUAAAGUUGAUAUGUAUAGCUUAGGAAUCAUUCUUUUUGAAAUGUGUUGUACAUUUUCCACAGCAAUGGAACGGAUUCGGAUGAUUGAGGAUAUCAGAUUGCCCUCCAUCAGGUUCCCGUCUUCGUUCCCAUAUUCAAAAACCAGUAAUGAGAGUCGUGUAAUUACAUGGUUGCUUCAACAUGAUCCUAAGAAACGGCCUAGCAGUCAAGAGCUAAGUGAAAGUGAUCUGGUUCCUGCCAAGGUGGAAGAUGAAUAUAUUCGUGAGGGUUUGAGAGUUUUGUCAAAUCCGCAUACCCCGUACUACAGUCGUUUACUCAAGGUCUUAUUUAAUCAAAGCAUCGACAAACACAUCGAUUACACUUAUGACUUCUACACAAAUAAGGAAAGUGGAAUGACUACUCGCGCUUUUGAUCGCAUGCUUGAUCCUUCGCUUGUUGGUUUUUACCGUGAUAGAGCCGUACAGGUUUUUAAACGUCAUGGCGCAAAGGAAAGGAAGCAGACAGUACUCUUUCCGAAGACGAACUUGUAUACGCAAUCACAACCACUUGUGAAACUUCUUGAUUCAAACGGAACAUUGCUUCAACUUCCAUACGACAAUGUACUUCCGUACGCUAGAGAAGUUGCGCGUAGCACAUCUGAGGAGUUAAAGACAUAUUUAGACUCGCACGUUUAUCGUGAAUUACCCGCCGGAGGCCGCCCUUUUUCUGUUCAUGAACUCAGUUUCGACAUUGCUUCGUAUUCUGACCAUUUAGAGUGGUACGAUGCAGAGGUCAUGAAAGUCAUUGAUGAACUUAUGAGUGAGUUUCCAAGUUUGCAAAAAGGAUGUAUACGCAUUAAUCAUGCUGAUAUAUUCAAUGCUAUUAUGGAAUAUCUCAAAGUGGAUAGGGAAAAACGUGCCAGGGUUAGCACAAUCAUCAGUCAAGUGAGUCAAAAUGCUAGUAUUACGCGCAUCCGUAAUCAAUUGCGCAGCGAGUUCCUGGUUCCUUCCACUACAUUGGAUGAGCUCCUCCUUUUUGACUAUUGUUUGGAAUUUGAAGAAGGCGUUUCGAGAUUACUUGGCAUUUUUGACUCUUCACUCAAAGAAAAAGUGAUGCCAGCUAUUAAUAAUCUGAGACAGAUUAUGAGUUUCGCCAAGGAAUUGCAACUCUCCUUUCCCGUUUACUUCGCUCCUUUGUGUGUCUAUAACCUCAAUUUCUAUACCGGUGGUGUCAUGUUUCAAGCUAUUAAUACUAUUGACCAUUCCGAUGUCGUUAUUGCCGGAGGCCGUUAUGAUGCACUAGUCAGGCAGUAUGAUCCUCCACUGCUGAGGACGGCAAGAAGGAAACAUGCCGUUGGAAUAACAGUUGCCCUGGAAAAGCUGGUGCAUUCAAUGACUCGCUAUGUCCAUUCAUCUCUAAAAAAGUCUAUGAGAGGGAAGAAAUUUUCUACAAGCACUAUUCCCCUCAAUAAUUGGAUUCCCCGGAGAUUGGAUGUCAUAGUUGCAAGUAUUGGAAAAGACUCAUUAACCGAAAAAUGUGCCGUGCUUCGCAUUUUAUGGGCUUUAAAUAUUAAGGCUGAUGUACUACACAAGGGUGCUACAAGCUUAGAAGAAGUUGUUACAAGAUUCCGCAAUGACGGAAUAAAUUGGGUGCUAGUGGUUCGUCAAAAAAACACUGCUAUGCAGAAUUCGAUAAAGGUUCGAAAUAUAUCGAAAGGAGAAGAUUACGAAAUCCGGACAGAAGAGAUAGGUUUAUGGAUGCUAAGUGAAAUCAAUGAGCGCAAGCGGCUGAAGAACACAAAGCAAACAACAGAACUUUCUCGGACAUCUUCUCAAGAGGCCUUUAGCCAAAUGGAAGGACAGGAUCUGAAUCUUGAUGUUCAGUUAGUCUCACUUAAAGAUGUAAACGAUCGGAAGUAUAAAUGGAAGCAUAAAAUGAAUGCAAUGAACAAGGUAUAUGAUCUUGUCAAGAAUGCAAUCAGUGAUUGCAGUACGGAUGCCGUAGCUUUGGCUGUUGAUUGCAGUACUGAAGUUAUGCAUAAUUUACGCAGCACUACUCUUCAAAACGAGGAAUCCUGGAAGCGUUUUAUCGAUUCUUCGCCUGCUUCUCAACGACAGUACCUGGAACAAUUGCACCAAAAACUGCUCGCCUUUAAAGAAGAGGGAAAACAACGUGUCUGGGUUGCAUCAUUUAGAACUAACGAGCUAUGCUUGUAUGAACUUAACGAAUAAUUUUUUGGUUCCAUAAUUCAUUCUUUUAUGUUAAGUGGAAUUGAUUUUGUUAUAUUAUUAUAAUGUCUAAUAGUCGCAAUGAAAUAGAAAAAAAAAUACUUUAGCAUCUAGAGUCAACCAAUA